AUGAACAAAAAGGAGAUUUCUAUGACCACCAAAAAGAGACUUGCCAAGCUCUUUACAUACACUGGAGAGGCUGAAUUAGAUCUAGAGUUGGCAAGAUAAAAUCUAUGCAAGGCUUAGUAAUUCGAACCUUAUGCAUCCUUUCAAAGAAUCGAUAGAGGAUGUAAAGGAUAUCUAUCAAUUCGAGAUUUCCUUAAUUUCAUGAAGGAUAAUGGUGUUGAUUCUAUGACAGAUUUAGACGUUUAAUUGCUGAUUAACUACUUUGAUUCUACAUCUGAUGGAAAGCUUCUCUAUACAGAUUAUCUCCAGAUGCUUUUGCCAUGUGAUUAGCCAUAUAUCAGAGCGUUGACUACUUAGAGACCUACUUAUCCGGUUGGUCAAUCAGAGUUUUUACCAUUUGAUGUUGAAAAACUACUAGCCAAUUUAAUCUAUAAGGAACUUAAACUUGCCAGAGAGCAGGAAAGGUUGAAAAAUGUUUUAUCAGAGAGAUAUGAUUAUGAGUCCAAAAGCUUGUUUAAAGAUGUUGACGAUAUUAAUUACAAUUAUAUUGAUGCCUCUAACUUAAGAAGAUAUCUGAUAAAGACAGGAUAGCUAGCCACUGAUUAGUUACUUAUAUCUAUACUGAGAAGAUUUGAUUUAGAUGCAGAUGCCAGACUUAGUCUUUAAGAAUUUUGUGAUGGAAUAAAACCAUAAACUCCAGACGCUGCUAAAAAAUGUCAUGGUGAAAAGUAUUAGAGUCUUGUAGCUUCCAGGUUAACACAAAAAUCAAAGACUAAAAAUCAUUAUCAAUCAGUAAGAUCUCAUAGCAGAGAGAGAACAAUUUAAACAACUUCGAAAAAGCAAAAAAAUUAAUCUAUUGUGAGACCAGUUACUGCAACUGCUGAUAAAAACUCAGUAAUCAAGACUAAUAACACUAUGGAUAUGAGGAAAAGCUCUAUGAAGCAGUUUGAUACCAUUUAAUAAGUGAAAACUACUUAGUUCUAAGAAGAUCUUCUAGGUUUAAGUGGCAACAAUAUAUAAGCAAUUAGAAGCUAGAGAGUUGAAGACUAUAAUGCUUCUUACCUCAGAUUAAAAACUGGAAGUUCUCCAGUAGAUUACAGAUAAAGCUUUACUUAAAGUUAAAGUAUAAAGAGUCCCUAGAGAUCAACAAUAACUCACUUCGAACAUUUUAGCCCCUAGAGUACAUUAUAGCAUCAAAGAGUGACAUCUUAAUUUUAGACCUCUUAAUAUGGUGAUCAACAAUAAAAUGAAAUUGAUGUCUCGUUGAUGUAUUUAGUUAGAGAUAGCUUUAAGUAAAUAAUGAAAUUUGAAGGGGAAGUUGAAUAUUUAAAGAGAGAUCUAGCCGGUAAAUAGGAUUUCACUCUUGCUGGAGUCUUUAAUAUGUUUACUGGGUAUUCACAAACAAGAAUAAAUGCAAGUGAUAUUCUAUACGGACUGGAAAGGCUUGAGAUUCAAUGUGACAUAGCAGAUGUUAAAUUGGUAGUUAGUAGAUAUGAUGCGGAUUAGGAUUCUAGACUAGGGUUCUGGGAGUUUUCAAACAUUUUCUUGCCAAUUUAACCUUUAUUAAGAGAUGAGUUAGAAAGAAGAAAGGCUUAAUGGGAUAUAAGUUUUGAUACCAAGGAACUACUGAGAAGAUUACUUAGAAAGAUUAUUGAAACUGAGAUAUUCGUGGAGAGUGUGAGGUAGAGAUCAAAUAAUCAGCCGCAAGUAUCUAUUAGAAAAGCUUAUGAUUCUCUUGAUUGGCUCAAUAGAGGUUACAUAACUGAUAAUGAAUUAAGAAGAGGUUUUGACUAGGUGGCUAAUAGAUACUCUCAAACGUCCAUCUAAACAAUUAAUCACUAUAGACUUGAUAAUGAUGAGGUUGAAUGCUUCAUCAGAAGAUUCAACAAGGAUAAACUUAAUGGAAGAAUUUCCUUAGCAGAGUUCUUAGAUGAAUUAUCUCCCAAAUGUCCUGAAAAGCCCUAUUGA